GAUUCAAAUAUUACCAGCAGCCUGAAUGAAUUUGGAUUAACGGAUCGAAGCAGUCACAGGAAAAUGGAUGUAGAGAAGGGGAAAACAGGUGAUGGAAUACCUGUCGACCGGCAGUCGGUGCAUAAUAUUGCUGAGACUAACUCAGGUGAAGGAAAUGAUGGUGUGCAGGGGCAAUCUGAUAGUUUAAUGGACGACGUUACUGAACAAGGAGAAGAGGGAGGUGAAGCCAAUGAGGAUGCAGGGGAGGUCGAGGGGGAUGGCGUAAAUGAUGCGGAUAUAGAUGAGAAUGAUGGUGAUGAAGGUAAUGAUGAGAAUGAUGGAGAUGAAAACGAUGAUGGUAAUGAUAAUGAUGAGGAUGAUAAUAAUGGAGAUGAGAAUGAUGAUGGUAAUGAUAAUGAUGAGGAUGAUAAUAACGGGGAUGAGAAUGAUGAUGGUAAUGAUAAUGAUAUGGAUGAUAAUGAUGAUGAAGAUGGAGAUGAGAAUGAUGAUGGUAGUGAAAAUGAUGAGGAUGGUAAUGAAGAUGGAGACAACGAUAAUGAUGGUGAUACUAAAGAUAGUUCAAAGAAACAAAGCUUGACCUCGGAAAUAGCAUCGCAACCAAUGCUAGCAGGUGUUGUUGUGGCAACAUCGUUGGGAGCUAUUUUUGCUUUUGUAGCUUUGGGUGGUUUGGUGAAUAAGACAGGCAUUACACCACCAAUAGAAGUUGAUAAUCUUCCCACAACGAAGUAUUAUUCAUCGUAUGCAUCUACCACACAAUACGUCAGUACUACUUUUCCCAUAACCACCAUGGAUGAUACUACAACUAGUCCUCAUCAUUCUACAUCAACAGAGAGUGUCAACACAAACACAAUCUCAUCUACCACUCAGAAGAUUACAACUGGCACCAAAACCCCGAGGAUAACGACAUUAAUAUCAACAGGUGGUAGCAUGACCUCGACCACUACGACACCAGCCACCACAGAUACAGUUACGGACCUCCCCACCUUUUCUGACAUGCCUGAUGUUUCUCUUGUUUCCACGAAACCACCUUUGAAAAGUACUCAUCAAACCACGAGCCCAGAUUCAGUUACGGACCUUUUCACCUAUACUGAAAUGCCUGACGUUUCCCUUGUUUCCACGACACAAUCACCUUGGAAAAGUACUGAUCAAACCACAAGCCCAGUUACGGACCCUUUCACCUAUACUGAAAUGCCUGACGUUUCCCUUGUUUCCACGACACAAUCACCUUUGAAAAGUACUGAUCAAACCACAAGCCCAGAUACAGUUACGGACCCUUUCACCUAUACUGAUAUACCUGGGGUUUCUCUUGUUUCCACGACACCACCACCUUUGGAUAUAACUCAAACUCAUCAAACAACACCGGGUACAACUGAACUACCAACGACAAUAUUGACUACUGAAUCAACGGUCGUACCCACAUCAAGUGGGACUACAUUUAAUCCAGGUACAACACAAGGUACAACUGAACUACCAACUACAAUAUUGACUACUGAAUCAACGGUUGUAUCCACGUCAAGUGGGACUACAUAUAAUCCAGAUACGCCAUGGAGGUCCGACAAUCGAUGUGGACCAGAUUACCCUCUGCCAAAUGGUGACCCUGGCGAAUGUGAUCCUGACAGCGCAAGACAUUGCUGUUCAGCCACUGGACACUGUGGACACAGUCAUAUUCAAUGUGAUUGUCCAACUUGCGUCGAUUACAGAGGCAACGUGUGCGAUGGUAUGUGUGAACAGACAUGCAUUGCUGAUGGCAGACUGUUUGAAUGUGGUUGUAAUGUUGGUUAUACAUUAAAUGAAGAUGGACAUUCAUGUGAUGAUAUCGACGAGUGUACGCAUAGGCUUGGGGGAUGUAGUCAACACUGUGAUAAUACAGAUGGUUCGUUUGUAUGUUCAUGUAAUGACGGUUUUUAUCUUGCUGGUAAUGGAAGAACUUGUCUCG